CAUCGCUCGACUGACCACUCUCAUUCUCCCGGUAAAAAUCACUGUAAAAAGGCUUCGCUUCCACACUGUGGUGGGUUUCCCGCCAUUAAUGCAGUGGACCAAGACCAUCCUCCAACUGCCCAUAUAUCUACAACUAUCCCUCACCGAUCGAUCGGCGAACUCGAAGAGGGCGAAAUGGCUGGAAAGAAGGAAGCGCCAGAGCACCCCGGUGCGAUCUUGGUGUGGGAAGACUUGACGGCGGUGGUGGCUAAUCCCGGCGGCCGGCAGUCGGCGAGGAAGCUGCUCCAAGGGCUCAGCGGCUAUGCCUUGCCAGGCCGCUUGUUGGCCAUCAUGGGUCCAUCUGGCUCCGGCAAAUCCACUCUUCUCGAUUCCUUAGCAGGGAGAUUGGGGAGAAAUGUUGUGUUGUCGGGAAGGGUGCUGCUCAAUGGGAAGAGACGGAGGACCGAUUACGGUGUUGUGGUACGCUUUAGUUCUUCUUGGUUCUGUUUUAUGAUUUCGUUAUUUUUAUGUUCUGUUAUGUUUGAUCUUGGUUUGGAUAUUAUGAAAUUCAGUAGUUUAGUAUUUGUCUGGAAACCUUAGUUAGCUUGGUUGCUUGUUGGAUGUUUUGUUCGCUGGAACUCUCCUGUAAAUCUAUAUUUUCAAAAUAUUGAGUGUUGAAUCCUGAUUUGUCGCUGAUCACACCCCAAUCAAUAUAUCA